GAUUUUAUGUACCGAUAAAUAUAUUAACGAAUAAUUAAUGCAUCAAAUAGAUCAGCUCAAAACAUUUUUUAUUUUAUUUUCUUGUGUUCUUUUAAAUGAGUUUUAUUUCAUUUGAAUUCAACAUUAGCAGUCACUUUUCACAGUGUUUUGAUCAGAUUUCCCGCCAUUUUUUUUUAAUCUGAACCAUAACAACAUUCUUUCGCUCAUCAAACGACAGUGCAACGAUACACCAAAGUUUUUCAAAAAUAUAUAUCAUUACAUUUAUGAAGGCCUUACCAAAUUGAUGUGUUCAUAACUGAGCGAGUGCUUUUUCCGUGUUGAUUGAUUAAAAUUCGUUAUUAUUGCUGCUCACUUCAAAGAUGAGAGACAAUUCUGAACAUUGUAUCUUGGACAUGAUGGAUAUGACUGAUGGGACUUGGCCCUUAGAUGACUCCUUCCCCGCCGAUGACUUUUUGCAAGCUCUGAGCUCUGAACUGGAAAUACCGCUUCUCUUAGGGGGCGAAGGAUCACCACGGUACGACGAGAGUCCCGAUGAAAUAAUAAAAGGAGCAACGCUCGAUUCGUCUUUUACAAACUAUUCGUCGAUCGACAGAUAUGAGCCGAACUGCACCGAUUUCGAUGACGUUUUCAAUAACGUUUGCGGAAGAAAAACGAAAGCGAUCGGUAUCAAGCAUGAGAUCAAAACGGAACCGCAAAGUCCCUGCUCGGAAUUGCCACCCUCGCCGAGUCCCAGUCAUUCCGAAUCCAGUGGUUCUGAAUGGCAGCAAGAAACAUGCAAGACCAACGGCUCUGGAUCGAUGUUGCUUCUGGAUACACCGCCAAUUUCCCCACCACAGGACGAAUCGCCGCCCAUUUCUCCGAAAUUAGAUAGCGGCGUUACACCCCCGAUUCAACAAAUUAAGUUAUUACCGCUGAACGCGAACGAUCAUAACACAAAGACGAAAUUUGUCCUCGCCAAUGGAAAUUCUGCUAAACGCAUCUGCUUACAACCCAAUAUCAAUAAACCGAAAUGCAAUAAUGGAGAACAACCGAAAAAGAUGAUCGUGCUGAGUGCCCAAGAUUUUGCCGCUCUGACAAAAAAAGUGAAGCAGAACAACGGCGCGCAACCUCUGAAAAUUCAAGCACUGCCGAGGCAUCCUCAACAGGUUGAGAUACCAAAUUCGUUCAAUCCCCAAAUCAAGGAAUCAGCGAAGCUGCCAACGGUAACGAUGGCGACGGUCCCGAAUACGGUAGAGAUAGGUGGUGGCCCUAAUCGCGUCAAGGUUUUAGCUGCACCGGCCAACGCACAAUUGCGGAGCAAUUGUUUGAAUAAUCCGAUGCAAAUAACGAUCGCAUCCGGUGCGUCGAACGAGAACGUCGUUACCAAAGUACCAACAACCGCUCAUUGUACACCAGUCAUUGUGAAAAAAGAAAGUACGAAUCUUCCACCGAUAUUGAUUAAAAAUGAAGUGCCCGAUUUAAUAAAUCUCGCUGUACGACAAGAGUGCGAGGUCAAAGCGCUCAAAAGGCAACAGAGGAUGAUAAAAAAUAGAGAAUCCGCGUGUCUCUCUCGUAAAAAGAAGAAGGAAUAUUUGACCUCGCUAGAAAAUCAGGUGGCUGAAUUGCAGCGAGAAAACAGACAAUUGAAAAUGGAAAAUUCGGCAUUGAGACAGAGGCUGUCAGUGGCGGUCGAGUCAGACAAUCAUAAAACCACUAAAAAGUUUGGCAAUAUUAAUCUCGGCGUUAACAGAAAAAGCACUGCAAUUCUCCUCGCUAUGAUAUUCAUGGUCUCGUUUCACAUAACGAGCUUUGGUGACGUGUUCAACAGGGAUAAGCAGCAUCUUGAGACAAUAACGAGUAACGUUGCAAGAAGCGCUGCGUUAUCGAACAUUCGGCACGGGAGAUCGUUGUUGUGGCAAGAACUGGAGCCAGAAUCAGACUCGGAACGUGAUGAUGACAAUAUUAACUUGAAAAAUAAUGGCACCACGGGAACGCAGCAUCCGAUGUGUCCAGUAGUCUUUAUAAAUCAAACCGAUUCGAUGCGCAUCGAGAACGAUUUACGCCUGUGGAUCGUUCAGGAUUGCGAUCGCGAGGAUUCGUCAAAUAUUCCAGAGCCAGACACAACAGUAAAGUCGGUGAGGGAGUUGCUUUUGCCCAAAGCUUCAUCGAUGGUACACACAGAAAUUAAAAAACGUUUGAAAGUCUAUCCGAACGUCGAGGAAAAUACAAAAUCGAGGGAAAACGUUAGGAGCGUUACGUCGAUGAAUAGCAACGCGGUUGAAGUAUUUUCACCGACUCUUCGUGAUCACGGACCCUUGUUCGAUGCGCUCAGGCGCAGGGAUGACACUUUUUACGUUGUAUGGUUCAGCGGGGAACACUUGCUGCUCCCUGCAUACAGACACAACAAUACAGCCAGACCUCGAAUGUCUCUGAUGUUUCCAGCAGUCAACAAAAAUGAAAGCUUUUCCGCCUCUCUGGACCACAUCACGAUGAUGCAAAUUGACUGCGAAGUGACAAAUACCGAUAUCGUGACUAUUGAGAAAUUUUUAAUACCCGAACACUUAAGAGGAACCAAAAAAUCAUCGACAAAUCCUCCUACCAAGAAUCAUCCCAACGUACCAACCGAGGUCGCGACCAAUUACACUUCCAGUUUCGCUAAGCGCAACAAGACUAAAACCUUCCCGUCUAGCAAUGACAACGGUACUUAUCCGCUCAAGGAUAAAGAACUAUAUCGGAGAAAUCAAGUUCCGUAUAUACUGAAAGAUAGGUUUCUUCCGGCAUUUAGUUCUGAGACUGAUAAAUACAGAGCGUACGAAUCGAAAAACGGGCGUUACCCCAAAUCCCAGGUAUUUUUCCCUCAAGCUGAUACAAUCGGCGCCGCUUCUACUAGGGGGAAGAAAUUUCGUAGGAAACGCACACCGACCAAUCAAUAAAUACAAUUUUCACGUAAAAACUAUCUUCGAACUAUCACCGUCACUAUCAUUACUACUACUAUCACUAUAAUAUUAUGUGGAACUGCCAAAAAUUGUAAGCUAAAAACCGGCUGUGCGAGUUAGUAUAUUUGAUAUAUCCUCUUUCUCGAGUGCGACUGUAGUCUCGAGAUCAGACUAUCAGUGGUAUUCACAAUAAAUGCUCCAGCAUUACUUGUGUGUGGUUCUAAAUGCAAAUUAACGUUGAGGGGAUAAUCUAAAGGGAUAACGUUGGUGGAUAAUCUAAGAACGUGCGGUAUUUUUUGUUUUUCGGGUGGACAUAAUCUCUGUGAGAUCGUCGAAUUUAAAAAACUGUGUGUUUGAGAAUUGCACAAAUUCACGAACCUAUUUCAGCUCCUUCACAUUGCACACGAGUGAAUCGAUGACCGAUUAACGAGAAAAAUAAAUAUAUAUAUUUAUUUGAGGCAUUCCACGUCAUUUCAGCUAGCCCGUGACCUUGGGGGAUUUUUUUCGGAAACUUUCUAAAAUCGUACCCUAUUAAAGGAAUAUAAAUACACCAGCUUUACAGAUUUUUAUCUCUUUGCAUAAUAACAAUUUGAAAACGACGUUUGAAAGCUGAUAACUCCUGAAAUAAUCGAGGUAGCUUGAGAAGUUGAUGGAUACAUUUUUUAAUUUUGAAGCAUACAAUUUUUUAGCUUUUGUAGAGGAAACGGACUCGGUAGAGUUGCGCAACAUGUACACUAAUACACAUUCUAUGUACACAAGUGUACAUAGACAUGUACACUUCAUAAAAUCAGUUGGCCCAAGGCUUGCUGAGUCUAUAUUUUCUUCUGAUAUUAUAUCUUUCUUAAAACACGUUUGUUUUUCAUUCAAGAAGAUUUUCAUCACUAAAAUUAAUAAUUGAGAAUACACGAUGAGAUGAAAGGUAGUUUCGCAACUUUUCCGAAAUUUUGUUCGGAAACUUUUUGCCAGUAGUAUACCUAUAUACACUGAAAAGCAAAGAAAACGUUCAAUCUUUUGUAUGCGUGGUUUUAUCAUAAAAUAAGUAAAAAUAGUAAAAAAUGAAUUGAUUACUUGUAGUGUGCAAAUGGUUGUAAUUCAGGUUUGUAAAUAUAUUAUUACACGUGUGCGAGCGAAUGUUUGGAUAUUUGUCAGAACGAUGAUAUCUAUGAAUUUAAAACUGUUAGUAUGCAACGGAAUUUCUUUUUGUUCUAGUAUUGUUCAUCAUUUGAAUAAUAUUGAUGUGAGUUAGAGAAUUUAAUCAUGUUUUUUGUUUCUGGCGUUUUAAAAACCACCGCCAUUGAUAUAAUGACGAGAGAUUGCCAUUCGUUACGAUGGCGAAUCCAGAAAUAUCACAUCUUCCGUCACAUUCCAAGGAAUAAAAUUCCACGACACCGUGUCGCGUAUAUGGAAUCAAAGACGUUGGGCUUUCUCUCUGCGAUUAUAACAAAAUUAUGGCAAUAUCAGUAUUGAGUUCUAACAACACAUGAUCGAAAUUUCGACUUGUACUAUAACGAUAUUGCCUUCGUCAGUUUGAAGGAGGAAAAAAGAUCUUUUCGUGAUAAGGGAUAAAAAUUUCUACGCCAAAACGACGAAACUAAUGUUAGAUAUUCUAAAAAUACAUAUUGUUUGACAAAUUUUAAGUACAUGGAGGUGUGCAAUUUUGUGUAUAUGUACUUGAUAUAUGAAUACAUCAACUCUUAUAAACAUAAUUUAUUAGUUCGUACAAUUUUAAAGCUAUGUGCACAAGCAUUAAUAUAAAUAUACAAAUGUAUUUUUUGUUCUCAUAGAAGUUUAAAUGAGUCGUAAAUAAAUUGAUUGUUGACUCACUGA